CCCUCCUCCGCCUUUUAACGUCCAGAUUGACAGCUGAAGCUUCCAUUCAGGGACGAGCAUGCGACACUGUUUUUGUUUAUGAUGGAGAGAAGCUUGAAAACUCAAAUAUGGACAUUGUACGCCAUCUCAUGGAGGAACAUGGAACUGACUGUCUGGUGAAGGGAACGCGAACCAAUGAACGAACUACUACAACCCUUUGACUUUCCUAGCGAGUGGCGGCGAGUAAACCUGCGAAAAAGGUUCAGCUAACACAUCAGCCAAAUGAAUCGUAUAGCAAAAGGGAAACAGAGAUUAUAACCGGAUACAAAAUGGCAAAUGAUGGCAUGGACUACAACAUUGUGUUUCCAGAUGCAUUGAUCUCGGUUUUUUUUUUCCUCCUUUCAGAUAGACACUGGCAUGGAACAAAUGAACCAGUUGUCAUACUGUUGGGAUGGGCUGGCUGCAGAGACAAACAUCUUGCCAAGUACAGCUCCAUUUAUAACGAACAGGGUUGUGUCACUAUUUGCUACACAGCGCCCUUGAAGACAGUAUUCAUCUCUGAAUCUUUUGGCUACAAGGAGCUGAGUAACACUGCCCACAAACUGCUUGAGAUACUCUAUGAUUACGAAGUGGAAAACAGUCCCAUAUUUUUCCAUGUGUUUAGCAAUGGGGGAUUCAUGCUUUACCGCUACAUUGUUGAGCUCUUGCACAAUCAUAAACAGUUCAGCACCCUAUGUAUAGUUGGGGCUGUGGUGGACAGUGCCCCAGGCAGUGGAAAUGUGAGGGGGGCAUUACGGGCUCUUACAGACACUCUGGGACCCAAAAUCAAUGUGAUGUUGAGGUAUGUUCUCUUGGCACUGUUUGCUGUAACAGUUUUCCUGCUUAGGGUGGUUCUAUAUCCUGUGACCAAGUACAUCCACAAGGACCACUACGAUGCCAUCCGGGAGUGCCCUCCUACCUGGCCCCAUCUGUACCUGUACUCCAGAGCUGAUCGAGUGAUUCGGAACAGUGAUGUUGAGCUCAUGGUCAAGGCUCUAAAGGAGAAAGGCGUGUCUGUUGAAAGUUUUGACUUCAAAACCCCUGCCCAUGUGAGCCAUUUCCGUGACUUUCCAGAGGAGUACUCCAAGCGAUGCCUGGCUUUCCUGACCAACUGUAUGAAGGAUUCAGAAGGGACCCAAACAAAAAAGCGACACUUGAUCCAGCAUUGAAAGCACACUACUGUAACAUUUCUCAAAAGUCUAUGGCACUUAUGUUUUUGUGAUUCUACUGUAAUGUUACACAUGUGUAAAUCUGUACUAGGAAAUCUGCAGCUCCACUGGACACCUUAUUUCAAAUGCUAAAGUUUUAGGAGUUGAAGACAACAAAGCAAAAUUAUACAGGUGAUAACCAAAUUGCCGGCGUGGUGAAAUUUGAUUGGUACCAUUUGUGAAUCUUAAAUCUUUAAUCCACUUGUUGAUGUCUUCAAGAGAAUGUGAUUGACUAAGAAUUAAUGUACUUACUAAACAUGUGUUUUACAAUUAAAAAAGCAUUUUCAUCA